GGUGCUUCCCGUCCUUCUCCCACCUCCCUCGCACCCUCACACCCACGCCGCUCCUAGCAGCGAGCGUCUCGCCUGCUUCGCAUUCACAUCGCUCGCUUGUCAUCGCAGUCCUCCUCUGCCUCUUGCGCCGCACCCUCCGCUUGCAGCCCUUGAGCGCAGCUGAGCGCGACCGAGCGCAGCGUGCGCUCCCAUGGCCGCAGCCGCCGGCGGCUCGAGCGGUGCGGCGACGGAGAUGCGAGCCGAUGCCAAUGGCGACGAGGUGCCGCAGCGCGAGGCACGGCGCAGCUGGCAUGAGGCUCUCGCUCGCCGUGCCGCGCCCAUUGUGGCGCACACGGCGCCGAACGGUGAUGCGGGACCCUCAAGACGCACAGUCGGUGAGUGCUCGCCGAAAUGGAGACACGCCGGGGGACAGAUGGGCGUCGAGAUAUCGUGAGCAGUGUCGUGACGACAAACGCCGCCACUGGUGCUGCCGCCCGUGGCAGGCGUGCUCAGGAACUGCAGCUGUCGACUUCGGUGUCUGAUGCAUGCGCCGCAGACCUCGUCGCACAGCUGCCGCCCGAGCUGGCGCUCCUCAUCCUCGCACAGCUCAGCCAUGCCGACAUUCAGGCCUGCCUGCUCGUCUCGCACGCCUGGCAUGCACGCGCCAUGGCCGGCUCCGUCUGGCGUGCCCUCUUCGCACGUCGUGCCGACGCCGGCUGGGCGCUGCGUCCCGACGCCGAGGCCGUGUGGGCCCGCAUCGCGGACGAUGCGGGCGACAUCGAUGCGCUGGCGUCGCAGCUCGGUGCCUCGGCCGGCCUCGACGACCACGCCGGGCCGUCGCGGCGAGCGCUGCACUGGCACGACCUCUACCGCGCCCGCCACGCCCUCGCACGCCGCUGGAACCUGCUGCCCGGCGCCGCAGGGCCUUCACGCUCGCAGCUCUCCUCGCCGCCGACGCCCAUGACACCCUCAGGCGCUGCGCUGAGUGCUACGGCGCUCGCACACUCGCUGGCGUUCAGCUCGCCGCAGCCAGGCCGCGUGGUGCAUACCAGCACACAGGGCGAGGCCAUCGCGCUGCCGGCGCUGCAGCCCGUCACGCGGCACCUGCGCGGCCACACCGACUACGUCUAUUCGGUGCGCUCCGACCUUGGCCUCUGGACGCCACGCGCCAACGUGCUCGCCGCAUUGCGCGCCAGUCGGCCACGCGGCUUCUGCCGUGCCGACGGCUUCGAGACGCAGGACGAGGCCGAGGAGCGCAGUGCACACCGCGCACGCCUGCGCGGCGAGCGCUACCAAGGACCAGGAUUCGCACGGCGGCAGCCAUUCGCAGCGCCGGCCUCGCCUGGCCACGCAGACGACGUGCUGCGCGGCCUCGGUACGCGCGGGCGCAUCGUCUCGUGCUCGCGCGACCGCACAAUCCGCGUGUGGGACGGGCAGACGGGCGCCUGCAUCUACACGCUUGUCGGCCACACGGCCAGCGCGGUCUGCUUGGCGUACGACGACGAGCUGCUCGUCAGCGGCAGCUCCGACAUGACGGCACUGGUGUGGGACUUUCGCGUGUGCGCCUCGCGCGCGCGCGACGACGACGGCGCCGACUGGCAGCCGCGGCAGCUGGCGCACCUGCGCGGACACAGUGGCGCCGUGCUCAACGUGUGCCUCGACGAGCGCUGGAUCCUGACGUGUUCGCGCGACACGACGAUCCGCGUGUACGAGCGCGCCACGCUGCAGCUCGUGCGCGUGUACCGCAACCACGCCGGGCCCGUCAACGUCGGCCUGCUGAGCCGCGACGCGGCGGGGCGCAGCAUCGUCAUGUCGGCGUCGGGCGACGGCAGCAUGCAGCUGUGGGACCUGGCGCGCGGCGAGUGCCUGCGCACCUUUGUCGGGCACGAGCGCGGCGUCGCCUGUCUCGACUUUGGCGGCGGCGUCGUCGUCAGCGGCAGCAACGACAACACGGUGCGCGUCUGGGACGCGGCGUCGGGCCGCUGCUGUGGCAUCUCGCGCGAGCAUGCGCAGCUCGUGCGCGCCGUCGUCUGGGAGGCACGCCGCCGCGUCGGCGUCUCGGCGGGCUACGACCGGCGCAUCGUGUGCUGGAGCGUCGCGCCGCAGCUCCUCGUCGGCGACGCCGACCCGCCGCCGGAGCUCGAGCCGUUCAUGCGCCUGUGCGAGAGCGAAGGGCGCGUCUUUGACGUCCAGAUCGACGCGCAGCGCCUGCUCAGCGCCGGCGAGGACAGCAUGGUGUACGUCACCGACUUUGCGCACGGCGAGCCGCUCAUGCGCCUGUUUAGCUGAGCGCGGCGGCGCGCCACGGACACGCAAUGUAUUUAUAUAGAGAGGGGUCUUGUGUGAGGGCCAUGAGCCAGGUCGAGCUCGGCAAGCAGGCACAGGCGUCCGCCGCCACCAGGGGAUCGUCAGAG